AUGCUACAGAGUAUUAAAGACGAGGAGUAUUUGGACGAGUCCAUCCUCGAGGAGGCGGAGACUACCUCUGAUCAGCAGAAGACUCGAAAGCCCCCGGACUUCGCGGCGAAUCCUGAAAAUGCUGAUGGCGGCCACCACGAGAUCCAGGCGCUGGACGAGACCACGUGCAUAUACUGCAACGUUCGCCUGCCCACCGUGGACCAGGUGGACCAGCACGUGCGCGCCGUCCACGGCCUCGAACCCCGAACCGGGGUGCGCGUGAGGGAGUGCACGCUCUGCGGCGCAUCGCUGCGCGACCUCGCCGACCACCUGAGCAGAUGCCACAACGCCAAUUCGGAGACUGAGGGUAGGCAGUACGCAUGCCACUUCUGCGACAACGUGUACAACAGCAAGAAGGCUUGCUUCACCCAUUUGAGGAUGAAGCACGGCUUGAAACUAUGCAAUGACCACACUCCCAAGUACUCGUCGAGCGACCGCAAGAAGUGUCACAUUUGUAAGCGCGACUUCAGCCAGAAGCAGAUACUGAACAACCACCUGUGGAAGGCUCAUGGCUAUGAGGUCGAGAAGCGCAAGGCGUUCUUCUGCCCGCUGUGCAACGAGCGCGUCAGCUACGGCACCAACUUCAGCGCCCACCUCUUGCACCAUCACCAGGUGCGCGAGCAAGUGGAGCAGCUCGAGUUCAGCAGCAUGGACGACUUCAUGCUGUUCAAGAGCGCGAUACAGGAGGAGACGAAGUUCCGCUUCCGGAAGACCACCGCCAGCAAGCAGACCAUCGAGGGCGUGCGUUCGCAUUACAUGUGCAGCCAGUCGGGAAUUUACGUGUACCAGGGCAAAGGCAAGAGGCCGGCGCCCGAGAGGCAGAUCUACAAAACGGGGAAGGCCUGCCCCGCCCACAUGAUCGUCACGGAGACCCUGGACAGGGUGGUGGUGACAUUCUACAAGACUCACGUCGGCCACGGAACCUGCCCCUAUUACGAGCCGCGGGAGCCCAAGAGGGCGAAGUGCGAGGCGGCCGAGGCGGAGGGGCCCCCGCAGUUGGUUUGCGACGCGUGCGGGGCGGGGUACGCGAGCGCGGAGAAGUUCAAGUGCCACGUGGCCUCGCACGGCCUCAAGCUGUACCCGUGCGAAAGCUGCGACGACGUGUCCCUGGCGUUAGGGGCUGAAAAGUUCAAGUGCCACGUGGCCUCGCACGGCCUCAAGCUGUACCCGUGCGAGAGCUGCGACGACGUGUCCCUGGCGUUAGGGGCUCAAAAGUUCAAGUGCCACGUGGCCUCGCACGGCCUCAAGCUGUACCCGUGCGAGAGCUGCGACGACGUGUCCCUGGCGCUAGCGGCUGAAAAGUUCAAGUGCCACGUGGCCUCGCCCGGCCUCAAGCUGUACCCGUGCGAGAGCUGCGACGACUUGUCCCUGGCGCUAGCGGCUGAAAAGUUCAAGUGCCACGUGGCCUCGCCCGGCCUCAAGCUGUACCCGUGCGAGAGCUGCGACGACACAGAAGAUGAAGGUAGGUUGUCCCUGGCGCUAGCGGCUGAAAAGUUCAAGUGCCACGUGGCCUCGCCCGGCCUCAAGCUGUACCCGUGCGAGAGCUGCGACGACGUGUCCCUGGCGCUAGCGGCUGAAAAGUUCAAGUGCCACGUGGCCUCGCCCGGCCUCAAGCUGUACCCGUGCGAGAGCUGCGACGACGUGUCCCUGGCGCUAGCGGCUGAAAAGUUCAAGUGCCACGUGGCCUCGCCCGGCCUCAAGCUGUACCCGUGCGAGAGCUGCGACGACGUGUCCCUGGCGCUAGCGGCUGAAAAGUUCAAGUGCCACGUGGCCUCGCCCGGCCUCAAGCUGUACCCGUGCGAGAGCUGCGACGACCUGUUUCAGAACAUCGACGCGUGGAACAGACACGUUCGAAUCGAGCACGACCCAAGCUUACUG